AUGUCGCUGACAACAUGGUGUCCAGGAUUCACCGUGAGCAGUGGCUCGCAUGAAGAGGAUGAGAGCUCCACGGAUUUACUACAGCAAUGCAGGGCCAUGCAUCAGGAUCUAAUCAAGCUGGCGAUGGACGAGCAGGCUCUUCUAUUCAAGUUGUCCACAGAGGUGCAGCGGGCGAAAGAACAACCAGAGGCAAUCCGGAUCGACAUUGAGAAUGGCUCUGACAGUGUGCACGACUACCGCAUGUCAGUGGAGGAAUCUCAUGUCCUGUCUGAUUCGGCAGCUGAAAUUCCUGUGGUUGCAGUGAUUCAUGAGACAGGGGAGCGACGGCUGCUACGGUUUGGCAGCCGCCAGAGCAGAAGCUCUGAUGCAAUUUCUGAUCCUUUCGAUGCCAAGCGAUCGGUGACCUCCGCUUCUCUCUCCUCGGACAAAGUCUCAACCAAGAAGUCACGAGCAGGCUUGGCCGGCAUAGCAGGCUUGGAGCUUCCGUCCCAGCAGCAGAAGGGAGUCCACAAAGUUCCUUCCGACAACAGUCGUCCCUGCUACUCGAUCAACGGCAUUCGAGAUCGAGAGAAUCCAUAUCUACAGACUAGUGUUCUCAACAUACUCAGGACGAACUUUUCAUCAUCUGCAGACGAGUACAGAUGUUGGUGCUCCGGCCAGUUGGCCAGGACGGUGCUGUGGUUGACAAGCUUUUUGGAGAAUUGCUGCUCCCUGGAAGAGCCGGAACGUCGUGGACGUCUGGCACGCUUCGUGAACAGCACCGUCUUCAGCAUAUCUGCAGCCAGUGUGAUCUUGUUGAAUGCAGCUUUCAUCCUGUACACCACAGAUCUCGAGAUGCGCAACAUUGACCAGCCACUUAACACCGACAGCAAUAUCUACUUAAUCGAGCUGGUGCUUGCAUCCUUCUACGUGGUUGAGCUUCUCCUGAAGUUGAUGGUCCACAAGAUCUAUUUCUUCUGGAAUGCUGAGAUGGCGUGGAACUGGUUCGACUUCUUCCUCGUAGUCUUCUCAAUUAUUGAAAACUUGCUUGUCUAUGACCUACUACCUGUUGCAGCCGCAGCCGCAUCAAACGAUGGUGCGGAGGCCGCAGAUGGAAGUUCGUCUAGCGUGAACUUGGGCUUUUUGCGCUUAAUUCGUCUGUGCAAAAUUGUGAAGAUCCUGCGUGUCUUUCGGACGCUGAAGUUCUUCAGCGAACUACGCCUGAUGUUGGACUGUGUGCUGGGCUCUCUCAUCAAUGCCAUGUGGUGUGUGAUUAUGCUUGUCUUCGUGAUGUAUGUCUUCGGGCUCCUGCUGCAGCAGGGGAUUGUGCAGUACCUCAUGGAACAGCGCACAACUAUGUCACCAGAGGCGGAAGAGUACGUCUUUACAUACUUCCGCAGUGUUUUCCGCACGGUCGUCACUUUGUUCCAGUCGUCAACUUCUGGAGUGGACUGGAACGAGCCCUACAAGGCUUUGGAGUUUACAGGGGAUGUCAUGCCAGCAGCAUUCUUAGUCUACAUUGCUUUUGUCUUCAUCUCGGUGUGGAACAUCGUGACCAGCACCUUCGUGGAAAAAGCUUUGAAGCUGGCGCAGCCAGAUGUGGACAUGCUCAUUCUGGAACAGCAGUUGCAAGACUUUGAGGAUUGCAAAAUGCUUGCCAGGCUCUUCAAGAGCAUGCGUCCAACAGACGACGAUGAGCGCAUCGGAAUGGAAGAGUUCCGUCAGUUGGUCGAGACUUUCGAGUUCCGUUCAUAUCUCCAAACCCGGGGCAUCGACAUUAAGAAUGCGGAGACUUUCUUUAAGAUGCUCGUGGAGUUGCAGGGAGAGCCAAUGAUAGAUGCUACAACUUUUGCCAAUGCGUGUGUCCGUAUGAAAGGCGCUGCUACUAGCAUCGACUUGCAGACUGUGAUGUUCACUACCCACCUCAUGAACCAGGAGCAACGAAGGUUUUUCCAAUCUAUGUACAACCGCUUGAUGACGAUUGAGACAAUUCUACACGAUGAGCACCCUGGCAGUCAGCACGGAGAAGACUCAAUUCCAGGUCCUUUUCUGACGCAAAGCCUAGAUGAACGAACUGUUUCACCACUCUUGCCUUCCGAAGAUCACGAAGGACAGCAGUCCACAGCCAUGGUGAACAUGCUGCAAGAAGUUACUUUCCUCAGCUCGGAAAGUGAUGGGCAAGAGGAGCACUACGUGGGCGAGUUCCUGAGCUCGCAGCUUCAUGGCUAUGGUGUUAUCACUUCAGUGAGCGGGUGCAGAGUUUCGGGUCGCUUUGAAUACGGGUUCUGCGUCGACGGCCAGAAAAAUCAGUCACAAGGGCACGUCUACGUCGGCGAGAUGCAGAGGAGUCUGGAACACGGCCCUGGCAUCCAGUAUGGUGAUCAGCGACAAGCUGGAUUCUGGCUUGAAUCGAAGCUGGCCACUGCGCUGAAGUAUUCUGGAUUAGGAAAAGCCGGUGUGCUGCUUGGGGAGAGUUUCGAGGAUCAUGCGACGCGCUCCGAUCCGCCCCCAGCAGGCAUCGCCAUGCACACGCUGCCAAGUGGAGACUGGUACGUAAGUGCCUUGCUGUGCCAAUCGUUGAGACGAUUCGACGGAGCCUUUGUGGCUUAG